AUGGCUCCAAAAAAAACUACAAAACCUGUCUCCAAGAAAGUCACCAAAUCUUCUUCUUCAGCUUCUCCUUCAAAAAGUUACAAAGAAUUAAUUACUGAAGCUGCUGUAGCUUUGAAAUCACGUAAAGGUGUCAGUCGUCCAGCUUUAAAGAAAUUUAUUAAGGAAAAAUAUCCUUCUGUUGGUAGUGCUACUAAUUUUGACCAUUAUUUCAAUGCUGCUAUCAAGAAGGGUGUUGAAACUGGUGAUUUCGAACAACCAAAGGGCCCAUCCGGUACUUUAAAGAUUGUCAAGAAAACUGUUACUCCAACUCCAACUGCUAAAAAAGUUACUAAACCAAAGGCUAAGACCACUACUACUGCCACUACUACCACUAAAAAAGUCACUAAGCCAAAGGCCAAGACUACUGUAACUAAGUCAAAGGCUAAAUCUACUACUUCAAGUUCUUUAACUUAUAAAGAAAUGAUUAUUAAGAGUAUACUGUCAAUCAAUGAUGGUAAAGGUUCAAGUCGUUUAGCUGUUAAGAAGCAUAUGAGAGAUGAAUAUUCAAAGAAAUUGAAUACCGUAAAGAAUUUCGAUCAUUUAUUUAAUGCUGCUAUUAGAAAAGCUGUUGAAUCUGGUGAUCUAGCUCAACCAAAGGGUCCAUCUGGUAUUAUUAAGGUUUUAAAGAAGGGUAAGACUGCUGUCGGUGCUUAA